GUCAACGUCACCAGCCAUUCCCACCAGGCUGGUCGCCCGUCUGCUCUGCCUUCCCCUCUCCGGCCGCUGCUCCUUCCCGCGGAAUAGACUGGGCAGCGGCCUCCCCUAGUAAAACGGGCGCACGCCGCGUGCGCGCCCGACCCGCUCGCCCCGCGCCCGAUGCGCCUCCCCCGCCUCCGCCGGCCGGGAGAACCCUAGCCCUAAGCGGGGGGGCUCCGUCCCCACCGAUGGCGGGGCGGCCGGGGUACCUCACCCUGCCGAUCUUCUCGGUGCUGGCGGCGAUCGGGUACGUCUACUACACCGCGGUGUUCCUGGCCGUCCCCCGGUGGCUGGGCCUGUCCACGGCGGCCGGGGUCGCCAACGCCGCCGCGUUCACGGCGCUCGCCGCCGCCUGCCUCGCCACCUACGCCGUCGCCGUGCGCAGGGACCCCGGGCGCGUGCCGCCGGGCUACGCGCCCGACGUCGAGGACGCCGAGAGCACCGUCCACGAGAUCAAGCGCAAGAGUGGUGACUUGAGAUAUUGCCAGAAAUGUUGCCACUAUAAACCUCCACGUGCACACCAUUGCCGUGUUUGCAAGAGAUGUGUUCUAAAAAUGGACCAUCAUUGCUUUUGGAUUAAUAACUGUGUUGGGCACGAGAACUACAAGAUUUUCUUGGUCUUUGUAUUGUAUGCUGUAGUUGCAAGCUUCUAUGCAAUGAUUCUGAUUAUAGGGAGCGUUAUGCACAGUGUUCCUAAAGAUGAACAGUCAGGCAGUGAUUCUUCUCGAACAUCCAUUAUUAUUUGUGGGGUCAUCCUUUCUCCAUUAGCAUUGGCAUUGGCGAUGCUCUUGGGUUGGCAUAUUUACCUCAUAUUACAGAAUAAAACUACAGUUGAGUACCAUGAAGGAGUUAGAGCAAUGUGGUUGGCAGAAAAGGGUGGAGAUCUCUAUCAUCAUCCAUAUGACCUUGGUGUCUAUGACAAUCUUAUUUCGGAAAGGAAACAAGCUGGAGACAUGACAUGAAAAAUGAUGUUUAUUAAUGUUAGACAUAUUCUGCUGGCACUAUUCAUUUGAUACUUUACACUUGUAGCAUGUAUUAAGUGGUGAAAGUAAAUUGUGACCAUAUGCCUAAUACAGUUAUGUCUCAAAAUCAUGCAACCUGUUAUGUGCUGCAAUGCUGCAUGUUAUGGCCAUUAACCAUGAUGGCACACUGCAGUGCAUGGCUUUGGAUAAGUUAGUUUGCAUGUUAUUGUUGUUUAGAUAAGAUAUGAUUGCAUUUAUUUUUUGUUAGUGUGUUAGAAACUCUUGUCAGGACCUAACCUCAUCUAUAUAAAGAGUGUAGUACUGCCCAUUCAGAUUUAUGCAAGCGAGAAUGAUUUAGGGCCUGUUUGGUUUGGGGAGGUUUAUUAUAAGCCCAUAAGCCUCUCACAUGGAGAGGCUUAUAAUAAGCCCAAAUAGAUGUUUGGUUGUAUGGGCUUAUAAUAAGCCUCUGUAGUAGGUAAUGACCUUUGUGCCCCUCAUGUAUGGGCUAGGGUGGAGGGGUAGGGGUUGGAAAGUGUUGCUUUUCUGGUGGGGUCCACAGAAAAUAAGCCUCAAAAGCACCCCUUCAAGGGGCUUAUGGGCUUAUGGAGAGGCUUAUAAUAAGCCUCUCCUUUCAACCUAGGUGUUUGGAUGGAAUGGGGCUUAUUAUAAGCCUCCCAAACCAAACAGGCCCUUAGUCUUGUAUCUAAUAAUCUAAGGAUUACAGCACAGCGCCACAACCUCAUUAAAUUUGUUUGUUCCCUUAACCACCAGUUGCAACCAAUGAACAAAGAGGUUUGAACUAUCAAAUUUUAUUAAAUGUUAAAUUGAAUAGUGACACUUGAAUGCAUAUGCGCCAAACAAAAAUGAUCACUUUUCAGUGCCCAAAACAUCAAAAAAGAAAGGAACAGGAGUAUUUAUGUUAUGUUAGUUGCUUUCUUAACCAUGGGUGGCAUCACUUGCUAUUAAUGUUCCAUUAUUUUCUGGUUGC